UCUUCCCAUGAAUCCCAUCCCUCCUUCCCCUUCAAAACCUCCAAUAUCUUUGGCUCACACACAUAUUACCCAUGCAUAUAUAUUUUCAAGAUAUAGGUAAAUAGGAGUACUUUUGAUGGCAAUAGGGUUCAGGAAAUCAAUAAACGUUAGUGCUAAUUAUUUGAAGGCAAAAACAGGGUUGUGGGGACUUCUAAACCAGAGACAUCUGAGCCCUUGUUUUCAUCCCAAUUUCUCUUCACCAACAAGCUUAAAUGGCAAGAAUUACAGAAACCCACCUUCAUUUUUGGGUAAUUCAACAACCCUCUUCGGCUCCCGGCGUUUCGAAUCUGUUAAAGCUGGAAGGCAAGAAGAAUUGCGGUACGAUAAUGGUGGCCACCAGGAUCAGGCCUUGGACUUUCCUGGUGGAACAGUGCCAUUUACUCCAGAAAUGAGAUUUAUUUCAGAGGCCUCAAGGGAGAGGAUACCUUGUUAUCGAGUUCUUGAUGACAAUGGGAAUCUUAUUAUGCACAGCAGCUUUGUACAGGUGAACAAAGAAGAUGCAGUGAAGAUGUAUAGUACUAUGGUUACCCUUCAAACGAUGGACACAAUAUUCUAUGAAGCACAGAGGCAAGGGAGAAUUUCAUUCUACCUCACCUCAAUUGGCGAAGAGGCUAUAAACAUUUCAUCAGCUGCUGCGCUCACCCCAGAAGAUGUGAUCUUGGCUCAGUACAGGGAACCUGGUGUUCUUUUGUGGCGUGGUUUCACCCUGCAAGAAUUUGCCAACCAAUGCCUUGGGAACAAAUCUGAUUAUGGAAAAGGAAGGCAAAUGCCAAUUCAUUAUGGCUCCAACAAGCACAAUUACUUCACGGUUUCAUCGCCGAUUGCAACUCAGCUUCCUCAAGCUGUGGGUGCAGCUUAUUCUCUCAAAAUGGAUGGAAAAGAUGCAUGUGUCGUCACUUAUUUUGGAGAUGGCGGCAGCAGUGAGGGAGAUUUCCAUGCUGCUUUAAAUUUUGCAGCAGUUAUGGAAGCCCCAGUUAUCUUCAUUUGCCGCAACAAUGGAUGGGCCAUAAGCACUCCUGUAUCAGAGCAGUUCCGAAGUGAUGGGAUCGUUGUUAAGGGUCAAGCUUAUGGAAUCCGAAGUAUUCGGGUAGAUGGGAAUGAUGCUCUUGCUGUUUAUAGCGCAACUCGUGCAGCACGCGAAAUGGCUAUUACUGAACAGAGGCCUGUAUUGAUUGAGGCACUCACGUAUCGAGUUGGACACCAUUCUACAUCCGAUGACUCCACCAAGUAUCGUCCAGUGGAUGAGAUUGAGCACUGGAAAAUGUCGAGAAAUCCCAUAGCUAGAUUUAGAAGAUGGGUCGAUGGAAAUGGCUGGUGGAACGACAAAGACGAAUCUGAACUCCGCGGUAAUGUGAGGAAACAGCUAUUGCACGCAAUUCAGGCGGCAGAGAAAGUAGAAAAACCUCCGCUUUCAGACUUGUUCACAGAUGUAUAUGAAAAUACGCCAUCAAACCUUAUUCAACAAGAAGAAUUACUGAGACAAACAAUCGAAAGACACCCGCAAGACUACCCUUCUGACGUUCCUUUGUAGAAUACACCUGAAAUGCUGGGGGUUAAACGACGGCAACUCCAAUUCUGCAAAAAAUAAAGCUUGGAGCUAUGAAGCAUGGGUACUUCGAAAAUAAUGGCGUAUCCAUACCGGAUGUGUGUACUGGUACUAAGCGAGACGCGUAACCAAACUUGCUUUGAUUGUUUCUGUUGCACCCCCAGUACCCUAGCUAGUUGAAAUAAAACUUUUUACCAUACAAAAAAAACGUCAGGUGGAUAACAAAAUUAAGUUAUGCUUAGCAUGCUUUUAGAAGAAAACUUGGUUUAUAAGUUAUUUGUUAUAAUGAGAUUAAACUCUUGGGGUUCUAUUUGGUAUUUUGCAUUAAAUAGUUUGAAAGGAUAUCCAUCUGGUGCAACGUCUACAUUCGGUUUAAAAUAAA